AUGUCUGUACCGGCAUUACAGCGGGACACUGCCUUCCAGGUGCGAUCCUUGUUUCGCUCCUUGCUCCGCCAGUCGUCCCAGUUCUCCAAUUAUAACUUCCGCGAGUACGCCCGUCGGCGGACAAGGGAUGCUUUCCGUGAACACCAACGUGAGACGGAAGAUAGGAGGAUACAAGAGUUGAUCCAGGAUGGUUUACAGAAUCUGCGGAUGAUGAAGAGGCAAACCGUCAUCAGUCAGUUCUACCAAAUGGACAGGCUGGUCGUUGAAGGUCAGAAGACGGGAAAGCAAGCUGGAAAAGAAGGGGAUAUUGUUCGCCAGAAGGAUACUGGUUGGGAUUAA